AUGGAACAGGAAAUGCACGCAGGCCACACUUCUAGCAGCAGGCAUUCACAAGCAGCUAUACAUGCGCCAUCAGAUCUCUCAUCAGCCGCUGCAGCGGAGGCAGUUGACCAUGACACUUAUAGGGAAACAGCAUUCCAGCAAGAGGUAGCAGCCGAGGUUGUAAGUCGACUUCAGGUUGAACAUCCUGUACAGGAGCAAGGAUCUUUAGCAACAGUUCCUGAUGCCUCCACAGGAGCCAUCCAUUCACAAUCUUACCAGCAGCAGCAGCAGGAUAUCGGAGAUGGAGAACACAAGCUGGCCAUGGAAUUGCUUAGAUCCGUUGAGGAAGACGGUGACCGUGAUGGGCAGGUCAUUGUAUGCUCUGCCCCUGAAGCAGACAGUAAACUUACUUUGUUCGUUGCUCAAACAACAGGACAAACAGUUUCUGCUGCUUUCCAAAAUUUGGCAAAUCAGAAGUUUAGCUCCACUGCUGGCUGUUGUAGAAGCACGUUUGCUGUUGGCGCAUCCGUAGACCCUUCUGGACCGGGACCAGAGAAUCUAAAAGCGGGUGAUGCAUCUACUGAGAGACCUGGCGACUUGGGCCUCGACGACUCUUACAUAGCUCAUCUAACCUUCAGAGCACUAGAGCAGGAACGCGAGGAAGUACUUAAGGUGAAAGAUGCCCUAAGCUCUCGAAGGAGUUGA